AUGCCGGCCCUGAGGCCGCCGCCGCCGCGCCUCAUGCUCAACGCCGUCUCCUGCAUGCGGAACGCGCAGACGGUGCUGCGGGACAUCAACGUCAGCGUCCACGACGGCACGGCGCUCGUCCUCACGGGCGCCAACGGCUCCGGCAAGACCACCUUCCUGCGGAUGCUGGCCGGCUUCUCGCGCCCCUCGGCCGGGGAGAUCCUCUGGAACGGCCACGACGUCACCACCCCGGGGGUAUUCCAGCAGUACAAGCUGCAGCUCAACUGGAUGUCGCUCAAGGACGCCGUCAAGGAGAAGCUCACCGUGCUGGAGAACGUCCAGUGGUUCGAGCUCCUCGAGGGCAAGCACGGCAGGUCCGCCCCAGCCAUCGAGCUCAUGGGCCUCGGCAGGCUCAUGAACGACAAGGCCAGGAUGCUCUCCAUGGGGCAGAGGAAGCGCCUCCAGCUCGCCAGGCUGCUCGCCAUCGACCGCCCGAUCUGGCUCCUCGACGAGCCCUCCGUCGCGCUCGACUCCGAGGGCGUCAAGCUGCUCGAGUACAUCAUAGCGGAGCACCGCAAGAAGGGUGGGAUCGUCAUCGUCGCCACGCAUCUGCCCAUUGAGAUCGAGGAUUCCAUGAACCUCCGUCUUCCGCAGCGGUUCCCCCGGAGGAAAACUCUGGUUGAUCUUGUGCGUUGA